AUACACAUUUAUAGAAAUGUAUUUAUUAUUAUUAUCGACAUGGGUAUAUUUAAAUUAAAACUGACUGAGCCAAUAACUUUACUUUUGGAUAAAUUUCGACCAGAAAUAGGUACCUAUUGAAUGUUAUUAUUUGAAAACAGAAAUUUUUAGAUUCCAUUACAUAUUUGUAAAUCAUUUGGGCUUGUUUAAUGUCAUAUUAAGUAACAAUAUUUAGCUUAACUAAAACCUAUUUAUGAAUAGUUUUGGAACAACUGACGAGAUAAUUAUAUUGCAGUGUCAUAGCAAGCAUUGUCAGUAUAAAUAUAAAUACUUUGAGGAGUAAUUUCAAUAAUACUUGGGCCUGUUUCACAAUGUCCAAUUCGAUUGCUGUUAAUUUUACGAACAUUUUAAUAUGAAAAAUAUAAAUUAAUCAGACAUUCUGAAACAGGCCCUUAAACUUCUGUCAUAUUAAAAAUUAUCAUAAAAUGUCAUAGUCAAGCAAUUAAUAUCACAACAAUAUUAAUUCACAAAAAAGGAAAUGGUUUACGACACAGCACUCAGUCUCACAUAUAUAUAAUACGAGUCUUCUGCCUCUCGACCUUGCUAUAAAACUACAAUACAAUUAAUUCAAAUACAAUUAAUCUUUACUCACUAGACAAAUUAGCACCUAAAACAUAAUAAUACAGUAGAUAUAAUCACUUGUAACAUUUCGCAUAAGUAUAUGGAUAACUAUUUGAAAAUGUUACAUUCAUCAAGGCAUGUAAUAACAAUUUAUAGAAGCAUGUGUCGACAACAUGUGCCUGCAGUGUGCAAACAAAUAUUUACAUAAAUUGCGCCUAGUGAGUAAAAAUCAAGACAUAUUAAGCCAGUUACACAGUAUUACUCUUAGAUCCACAAUGUAUUCUUACAAUCGCAUGUGACUAAAGAGAUACUACUUGAGAUUUAAAUAGUGCCUAGUACAGAGACUCUGCAUUCGAGGAACGAGGCUUUUUAAUCUUCUCCAAGUUCUUGAUGACGAUGUCGUGAAGUGAACAGUAACGGUUACGAAUUUCGCACAUCACAAGCCAAAGGGACAGGUACUCCUUCUCGUCCAGCUCCUGAUAAACAAACAAAUGUAAUUAUUGUAAUGGAUAAGGUUGAAUACUUUAAUGGUGUAAAACUUUUAUUGUUGCAAGCCCUAUGUCGAAAGAAGCGUAUCAGAAGCGUGUGAAGCGUAUCUCUACCAUAUAAUAUUUUUUACGAGGAAAAAAACAUCUAAUGUCCCAUUCCGUCCUUCGAACCUUUCGACUUCGAAACUUUCGACCUUCCGUCGGUAGGCAAUGUCACUUAUAAGCAUCAGAGUUAAAACCAUGCCAUUUCUACUACUGCAGUAGACGCUAUAAUCUCAGCAUUGGGUAGGAAUCGUGCUCGAUGCCGAGAAGAUUAUCCAAUAACUUCUGUGCCCUGGCUCAGGCAAGGAGUGUCAGGAUCUGACUGACUGAAAACCACCCUAUUCAUUCUUGCUCCGAGACGGGGCACCAGUACAUCACUGCACUUGCAUUGGUAACUCCAGAUAGACGGUUAGUUAGACUUGUGACCCCAACUAGUGUUAAGCCCCGACGUCUAUGUACUCGAUAUCGCGUCACUAGGGUUUCAUUACCCUUACAUUAUUUAUACUAUAAUAAUCUUUACCACAAUAAACUGUGAAUAAAAUUGUGUAGAGCUGUAAGACCCAAUGUUGAUGUGUUAUUGUUUUUUAUUAUUUUUGCGACGUCUUGGCCGAGAUACAACUACGCCAACAGUUAUUAUUUAGUAGCACGUGCCUUGUUGCUUGCCAUGCGUGGAGAUAAUGGCGAAUCCGACAAUGGACUCUCACGAGUUUUUUUGGUAGACGUGCCGUGCUAAAGACGCUUAUCACGAUAAGAUAUUAUGCAUAAUACUGCGCUAAGCAAAAUGCAUUGUUAAUGUGUGUCGUUUCUAUCGGAAUUUUAAGAUUAAGAUAAGCUUAAACCUUCGUUAGAUAUCUACUAUUCUAUUAGUUUUAAUUUUAUAAUACUAGAAGUGUACAUUACAACAAUAGAAAGCUUCUUAUGCAAUCAAGAAAAAAUAUGAAUAAGUUUUGAAUUUUCCUGUAUGUCAAUUGUUCUGAUCAUAAAAUUACGCAUGGCUACCCGCUGGCUUGUUACGUCACGCGUUAUUUUUAUUUUUAUAGCUAAUGCUACUGGAGUGUGUACAUAUAACAGGAAAUGCAGGUAAAUACUCACUCGUACGGCUCUCCUGUAGUCAUCAAUGUGAGGGUAUUUGGCGACCUUAGAUACGAUCUUCGCUCGCGAAAUGAAGUAUCGUGAGAUUUGGUCAAAGAAUGCGGCAGCCUCCGACUCCACAGACUGUAUCUCGGCAAGAGUGUCUUCCUGUAUUGAUACACCGAAGUUGUUGCCGUCUUCAAUUUUAGGAAUCAUGAAUGAUAUCCACAUUUUCAGCUGAAACAAUGUUAAAUGUGCAAUGAGAACUUAGCUUAAUACUAACUGUACCAUACAAUAACAUUGCCUGCAAAAUGAAGUUGUAAACAAUAUAGAUAAUUGUCGUAUCUCUUGGAUUUCUCAAUAAUGUAUAUUGGUGACAGCCACCUGCAAAAAGCUUUUGGUCACUAGUCACGAUCGGACCUAGACAAAAGCCAAACGUCACCCUCAUACUAGGUGGGCGACAAAUCUGACGGGACGCAAAGGAACGCAAAUGCAACAAAAGAACUCAAAGUGCAACGAAGAAACGUAAAGUGGUAAAUAUUACACAAUAUGACGCAACAACAGAAAAGAACAAAACUGAAUCAUAUCUGUGCGCAGGUAACGCUAGAGCUAUCUACGGUGUAGGUAGCCCACCUAGUAGGAACAGCAACUGCUUCAUUAUCGGCGACAGUUCGCGUUAUUCCAUUCAUUACCCACCUAAAACAUUGGGUUUGCCAAAAACCACGCACUAGUAAAUAAAUGAAGAGAUAAAACGCAUAUUUCUCCCUAGAAUUAAACUCACCCAAUUUGUGAGGAGCGCAGGGAAAGAAACGUCUUAUCAUUGGAUGCAGGCGUCGCGUCAUACGGCGUAGUUUCAAUUGGCGACUGACGGGGCGACAUACGCAGUGUUUGGGCAGAUGUCGAUCGCGAUUGAGUUCCAUUAGGCUUAAUAGCAUAUAAUCAGAAAGAUCUAUACACAGGUUUCCAAAUACAUGUAGGCAUUGGUGUUAAACAGUGACAUACAAGUAGGUUGCAUCUCCAAAUAUCAAUUACCUAAUGGUUAUCUCAUGUGAUGGUUUAGUUGAGUUGAAAGUAACAUAGGCCACUUUCAAAGCGCAACAAAGUCUAAGUCUAAGUCAACUCAUUUGCAGUCAUUGAAGAUUUCAUUAUACUUAUUUUUUCUAAUAUUUUAUUGGAAAUAAAUAGAACAAAAUAAGAAUGUCAAGAGCAAGGCAAGAAAUAAGUGGAAAACAGCUCUGCUUAAUUCAAUAUUACAGGUACAAUUCUAUUUGAAUAGCAAUCAUAAAGAAGUUUUUAAUCUAAUUAGAAACAUUUGAGAGAGGCCUAUACACAGCUGUGGACUCCACCAAGCUGUGAGCUGAUGAUUAGUGCAAGCUGUUUUGAUUCGUUCACAAAAUGAAUCCUCUUGUGGCUUACUUGUGUUCCUUGUCAGUCCUACCAUAAUGAAGAAAUGUUUAUUAGGUUCCCAACUGUGCAUUAGUAAAACAACUUACCAAAUUUGAAUCUUCAACCAGUUCCCUAAUGUGUGGUUUUACAAGAUGAAUGAGGUCACUAAGCGGCUUGUUGCAUGGUACUGUGCCAUUAGGCAGGGCAUACACUCGCGUGCCCUCAUUGACAGAUGAGUUGCUUGAAACCUCUGAUGAGUCCACUCGUGGACGUUUGGCAUUUGGCUCAUUAGAUGCUGAUGCAGGAGGUGGCACUGGAAUGUUUAAGUCCUGAAAACAAGAAAACAAAAUAAUAUUGAGCUCAUUGAUUUGAUUGACUCAAGAACAAAUAAAUGGCACAAAGUAUUGAUUUCUAUUUCAAUGAGGUACCAUUAGCCUUGCAACAAGGGAAACCAAUUCAAACAGAUAUUACAAGACUAAUCCUUGAACUUAAAAAAUAUUUUAGUAAGAAUGAUAUUUGCUUAUUCAAAAUAUAAGAUGUCAAAUUAGACAACAGUACAAAAAACUGUACUAUACCUGAUGUACAUCAGCUAAAUCGCGAUUCUGGAAAUUUGAUGUUUCUAGAAGUUCAUUCAAUUUCACAAUUUUCUCUGGAAAUCCUUUGAUAAUUAGAUGCUCAGCCUUCUGCUUGAGGGAAUCCUUAUAAUCCUGUACCUGAAAAUAUCACACGUGCCCUUUAGCAAGCCAUCCGACAACAGCCAUUAUCCGUUGCUAGUUGCUACGCCUAUGUACCCCACGGUCGCGCAAUCUGUUGAGGUUAUGCGCAUACAAGCAAUACCUACAGCCCCCAUUGUUACAAUUACACGUUCCGGUAUUUAUCCAACGUUGACCGUAAGACAGCAGUGAGAUUACACAGUAAAACAGUAUUAUUCAACCGCACUUCUGCAGAAAACUGAGGUCACACACACACUAAUCAAAGAACGUUACUCGUGUCAAACAAAGCGAUGAACCACGAAAAUUAAUAAUGGCUUUACCUUUUUCGCGACGUCUGUCAUUGUGCUAAUGUUAUUUUUAAUGGGACUUUAACUAAAAUAAAUCCCUUUUAAUGGUUCUAAUACAAAAUACUUUAUUUUCCACACAACUUUUUACGCUAACAACUCGUGUAUGAAUGAAUGAAGUAGUUUCGUUGUUGGUCUCGAAGCGUUCAUUCGCCGUAGUAAAACGAGUUACUAAACUUAAAAAUUACAAGUACAUCAAUACCGAUUUCUUUAAUGUUUCGCUUUCCUUUUCAGUCAAAUCCAUUGUUAUCAAUUUAUUUAGUAUAUUUUUACUACGUUAUGGCAGUGUGACAUAAUAAACUUUUUAAUUUUUCUGAAAGUAAUAGUUGUCAUAUUUAGGCCUAACCUCACAUUUUGAAAAAAGUUCAACUGUGGGUUUGCUUCAUUUGAAUUGCUUUGCAGUCUGUGGACAAAUGGCAGACCUAAUGACUACACAAAUAAAUUAGUAUUACAAACUAUGUUAAUUAUUUAUUAAAUCAACAGAAAAUAAAGAAAAUGAAUCCAUUGUUUGGCUGGAGUGCGAAGAAAUUGUCCCGACUAAGCAAAUAAACAGUAUUGAGGAAAAGGUCACUCAUGCUAAAAUGUUUGCCUGUGGGGAUGUUGAGAUUGGGCAUAUUGUAGUUAGCGAAGCAAAAGCUAGUAUUGAGGAAAGUGGAUUAAAAAAUGCAGUGGAGUUAGCAGAAAAAGAACACAGUGAUCUUAUUGCUGGGAAAUAUGAAGGUGGACUUAAAAUCUGGGAAUGUACUUAUGAUCUAAUACAAUAUUUAGAGGAAAAUGAAGAGGACAUAAAGUUUGAGGAAAAAAGUGUUCUGGAUCUCGGCUGUGGUGCAGGAAUUUUAGGAAUAUAUGCUUUUUUAAAAGAUUCUAAAGUUACAUUUCAGGAUUAUAAUAAAGAAGUAUUGGAAUACUUCACAAUACCAAAUGUUUUAUUAAACAUAGAAGAUGAAGAGAACAGAGAAAAAGAAAUACAGAAAUGCAAAUUCUAUUCCGGCGACUGGGAUUCUUUCAACAAAAAACUUCUUAGUUCUGAACUCUUUGAUAUUAUUUUAACAUCGGAAACUAUUUACAAUGAAUGUAACUAUGACAAACUCAUUUCAUUGUUUGUGGAUAGAUUGAGCAAAGAUGGAGUAGCAUAUGUUGGAGCAAAAACAUACUACUUUGGUGUAGGGGGUGGUGUAAGACAAUUUGAGCAAAAGAUUCAACAAAAUGGGAAACUAAACUGUGAAGUAUGUUGGAAAAGCACAGGAGGAAUUCAAAGAGAAAUAUUAAAAAUUACACAUAAGUAACCAUAACAAUAAUAGAUUUAUUUUAUUCCAUUAAAUGAUUUCAGCAAUAAAAUUAAUUAAAAAAAACAUUCCACCAGUAUUGUCUUACAACUAAAUAUAAAAUAGGCUUCUAAGGAGAUAAUCUUUCAUAGACCCAGCCAUCUUCUCCUUCAUGUAAGAGCUUUCCAUCUGGAACCUCUCCCUCUUUGGGCUUCCUAAAUUUAAUUCUAUCAUGAAGCCGGUCUCUUUGGCCUUGCCAAAACUCAACAGCUCUUGGACGGAUUAUGUAUCCUCCCCUGGAAAUAACA